AUGACCAACUUAGCUCUCAAGAACGCUCACCUCCUCCUGGAAUCCCUGCUCAAGUCUGCCACGCCAUCUCUCGCGGAAGUGAAAGAGAUCCAAAAAUCGAUCGGACUAUCAUCCUCUGGCUCUCGGCUUGACAAUCUUUUGAUCCGCGCGUACGCCCACUGUGGAAGCCUCGAUGGAUCGCGCGAGCUCUUCGAUGGAAUGCGCGAGCGGACGCUCUUCUCGUGGUCGAUCAUGGUGGCGGCGCACGCCCAGAGAGGGCAUCUGGAAGAAGCAUCCGCGAUCCACGAGAAGAUGCCUGCCUGGAAUGUCGUGUGCUGGAACGCGAUGCUGGCGCCACUGGCGGAUUCCGGGCGGCUGGACUUUUCCGCCAGAAUGUUCCAAGCGAUGCCAGGGCGGAAUGCCGUGUCCUGGACGGCGGCGAUUGCUGCAAGUGCCCGGAAUGGGCAUCUGGUGUGGGCGAUGGAGCUAUUUCACAAGAUGCCUUCUACGAGCGAAAUCUCUUGGGACUCCAUCACUAGGGCCCUUGCUCUGUCAGGGAAUCUCGACGAUGCGAGGCUCUAUUUCCAUCGAUCGCCCGCAAGAAUGAGCUUUGCGACUUGGAUGGCAAUCUUCCAGGCGUGUGCCAGGAGUGGCGAGCUUGAUCACGCAAAAGCCCUCUUCGAUCAAGCGAUUGAGAGGAACGAGGAUUCGUGGAGCGCGAUGCUCUGGGGAUAUGCCACGCAGGGGAGUCUGAGAGAUUCCGUGGCUGUGCUGGAGAAGAUGCCUGUGGUGGGAGUGGUCUCGUGCUCGAGCCUCGUCCAGUGUUAUACCCAGAACGGGUAUAUUCGUGAGGCGAAAGCACUCUUUGAUGGAUUGCCCGCGAGAUCGGAGGACACGUGGACGGCUCUCGCUGUGGGAUAUGCCCGCACUGGGCAUCUUGGCGAAGCGGGGAUUUUGACGGACAGGAUGCCGCAGAGGAAUCUCGUGUGCAUGGCUGCGAUUUUGCAGGCUCACGAGGGGGAUCUCCAUGCAGCAAAGGGAAUCUUUGUUGAGAUGCCAGAGAAGAACUAUACGUGUUGGAACACAUUGCUUACGGCCUACGCUAGUGCCGAUUUGUUCGAAUGUGUGGAGCGAGUUUUCAAGAAAAUGCCGAUGCAUUGCGAGGUUCCAUGUACGACGAUGAUCUCGGUGUACGGCAAGCACAGGCAUUUCCGGGAAUCUUUAGAAACGUAUGAUUCUAUGCCCAGGAAAGAUGUUGUAGCUGCCAAUGCGGUUUUGCAAGCAAAAGUGGCAAACGGGCUUCUAUGCGAGGCACUGGAGUUUUAUGAGAAGAUGCCCGUGAGGUCGAUUCCCACUUGGACAAUCAUGAUCCGGGCAUAUUCUCAAAAUGGCUGUACAGACUUGGCGAAAACUAUAUUCGAUCAAGCGUCCAAGGAUCUCGUUUCAUGGAAUGUGCUAAUGAAACUCUACGGAACCACCGGUUAUGUCCUCCAGGCAGAAGUUUUGUUUGAGAAGGCUCCGGCAAGGAAUAUCCUGUCGUGGACCGCCAUGUACUCUGCAUAUGCCCGCUGUGGGCACCUGCUGGAAACCAAAAACCUCUUUGACAAGAUGCCUAGCCGCGACAUUUAUACUUGGAACACACUCGCUUCGUGUUAUGUCUUGCAUGGAAACUUAAGCGAGGCACGAAGUACAUUCCAAAAGAUGCCGGAGCACAGCAGCGUGACGUUCAAUGAGAUGCUCGUGGCACUUUUUCAGGACACUGGCCUGGAUCAAAUCAAAAGCCUGUUUGAUACAUUGCCUGAAAACCACACCGAGGAUGCACUGCGGAUCUUUAGAUACUUGGAGCAGGAUCUUGGCUUGAGGGCCGUGAGGGAGCACUACUUGUGUUUGAUUGACAUCCUUGGAAAAUCUGGAUGGACGAAGAGAGCUCAAGACUUGAUUCAAAGCAUGGGCUACAGUGAAGCUUGGGCAUCACUCCUUGGAUCUUGCAAGAUCCACAAUGAUCCUUCAAUUGGAGCAAAAGCAGCUGCAGAGCUGGCCAGCUUUGAUCCAGAAACAUCUGCAACUUACGUGUUGUUGUCCACUAUAUAUUUUGAAAGUAACUCUUAA